CGGAAGUUAAAAAUAUCAUAUUGUUGGGAAACACCGAGGUCAUAUGGCUCACGAUGUUUCGUAUGCAUCGGGCCGCCCUCCCGGUCACGCUACAAAUACCACAGUAAUUAGAACUUGGCAAUGAACCGGGUGAACUCGCGCCCACAAGCUGGCCACUUCAGCCGGGUUGCUCUCACACAACCGCAGACCACAGAGGCAAGAAAACACCAGGACAAUUGCCUGUAUCGAUUCACACGAUGCGUGUUCACCCAGUCAUCGCUCUCGUGCUUUCAAGGUAAACCAUCCCCCCUCCACUUCAAUGAACCUUGUACUUGGUUAUCACUUAACGAAUUCUUGAACCUUAGCGCCGCCGUGUCGGUCUCGGCCACAGAUUGCCACCCCGCCUCCUUCACAACCAUCAUCACCACCGCGUCCCCCACCUCAACCGUCCCGGUUUCCACCACAACUGCAGACACCGUCACCAGCUAUCCCGACUCAUGCACCUACCGCCCAACACAAACCUUUUACUCCUCCAGCGGAUGCUCCCACACUUGCGCAACGGGCUUCUGCAUUAUUGAUGCCCCCGCCACAAUCUCGUGCGGCUGCCCGCGCGUGUUCAUCGAGACGCAAACGGUGACGGUGUGCCCGACACAUACGCCGUGCCAGCAGUGCUACACGGGGUGGGGUACGUUCCUGUAUACCGAGGCCUGUGCCACGGCGACGGCGGUGGUGGGGGGUUGAUCGAUGUUCAGGUGGACUAGGGAGGGUUAUGGUGGUGGAGCUGGGGGCAUGUGGGCUGUCAGAUCUAAGAAGUAAGUAAGGGAUGUUGUUUGCCUUGGUUUUGGAGACUUGGAAAUCUGGAAUAAUGAGAAACUUCAGCGAGACACAAUGUUAGUUAUGGGUGGCGAGUCCACCAACGGCAGCACUGUCACGCAGAUACGUGCAUUGCCCCGCCAAAGUACGUCGAGUUAUUGCCGAGUCGCUCAAAGGCCUUGCAACCGCUGAGAAUACAGGAAUUGAAUAUCAACCUCCCAUUGUUGUACGUUGGUAAGCGGUAUUAACAGUGUUCUGAUCACUGUUAUCUUUGCAGGCGGUCUCUGGUUAUUGCUUGUUCGUGAUAUCGUGCUGGUGUCUGAAACCACCAACGCUUCCCAAUGACUUCACCAGCGCAAUACUUGUUUGAAAGCGACCUGAGAAGAACCUCAAUCAACG